AUGGGGAUUGUGGUAUCAAAACCAAGGGCCACAAAGAAAGAUGGACAGGAUGGGGCGGCCAAGCAUCCAGCUUUUGAUGUGAGCCAGAUGUGGGAUGAAAUUAAUAGCUUGCCUCCUGUCAAGCUGCCCGAUUCCUCUCUCCCACCAGUGAACACAGGCUGGACUACUGUGAGAGUGUUUGUCUCAUCCACCUUUGAAGACUUUAAUUCUGAGAGAGAAGUUUUAAUAAAACAGGUCUUCCCAGCACUGAGAGAGUGGUGUGAGUCCCUCAGUAUGUGCUUGGUUGAGUGUGACUUAAGAUGGGGUAUUCCUCAGGACACCCCCUCAGGCAAGAUACUCAACACUUGCCUUGGUGAGCUGGACCGUUGUCACCAAGAUACACGGGGAACGCCUCUUAUGGUGAUACUGUUGGGUCAACGUGCUGGUUGGGUUCCUAGUGUUAGUGAGAUCCCUGAAGACAUUAUGGAGCAGUACUCCUGGAUCAAUGGCAUGUCUGUAACGGGUUCAGAGAUACUUCACGGGGCUUACAGAAAUCGUAAUCCCAAUGCUGCUUUCUGCCUGCGGGAUCCUUCUUAUUUAGACCAAGUGGCUCUGCAUGAACUGCCUCGAUAUCAGGAGGAAGGUUGGAGCGCACUAAUGUUGCAAUCGCUGAAGGAGCAGGUGUGCAAACGUUUUCCUGAAGAGCAGAUUCUGAAAUAUAAGUGCCAAGUACUGGGCACGGAUACAAGUACUGGAAUAGAUAAGGUUAAGCUGGGCUUUUCUGAUGACUUUGGUUCUUGGAUUCUGCGUUUCCUACAAGCAAGGAUCCUUGAGACAUUCUCGGGUGACUCAGAGGUUUUGUCAACGAAAGAGAAACCUUCUUGGGAACAGAUUGAGAGUACUCAGCAUCAGUUGUUCCUGUGGCAGAAACAGGAGGUUUUCCUUGGUAGGAAUCCUGAGAUUCAAAGGAUCCUUGAUUUCCUACAGAUGAAGAUGACUGCACAACAGCAGCAACAUAAAGGGUCAGAAGAAGGUGAUAAAAAUCAUACGAUUCGACUUUAUCAGGUGAUAGCAGAGCCUGGUUUAGGAAAAUCCUCUCUGUUAACAGAAUGCAUUAACAGAGCACUUCAGCUUCCACACUGCACAGUAUUUUACCAUUUUGUUGGCUGCUGUUCCUCUUCAGUACAAAUUUCCAACAUUAUGAUUCGCCUGUGUUAUCAUCUUUUGCCACCUGGACAAGAUCGCGAUGAUGCCCUGCAGAGGCUGAAUAACUGUUUGAGAAAUGAAGACAUGAAAGAGAUUUUAAAGGAUCUUUUGGCUUUAUUUCCCAGUUAUCAAGACAAGGCUCUAUAUAUAUUUAUUGAUGCUAUAAAUCAGCUGUCUGUACCAUAUGAUGCCUCAGAUCUCUUGUCCUGGCUGAGCACUGAGGAGGUUUUGCCCCCUUUCUGCAGGUGUGUUAUCAGCAGCACCCAAAAUUCAGUUUCCUCAGGCUCAUCAUACAUCAUGCACCUGGAACCUCUUUCCCUGGAAUCUGCACAAAACCUGGCAGUCAUGUACCUAUCUCGCUAUACCAAGGAACUGAGCUCAAAGCAGCUCCACCUGCUACUUCAGAAGACUUCUUCCCAGAAUCCUCUAUGGCUUACCAUGGCUUGUGAAGAGCUACGUGUUUUUGGGGAGUUUAAGAUGCUCACGCAGAAGAUUGCUGGAUUUCCUGACACACUACAAGGAUUAUUAGAAAAUAUUAUCCAAAGGCUUGUCCAGGAAGACCAGAGUGCCCGAGUUAAGGAGUUGUUGUGUCUGUUAUAUUGCUGCUCAGAAAGUGUGGUGGAGAAGGACCUGCAGGGUUCCUUGUCUUAUUUAGAACGUGGUCCUGAGAUACCCAGCAUGCAUUGGGCCACACUACGCAGAACAAUAAAAUGUCUAAUUCGAGCAGGCCGAGAUCACAGAGGGAGGGACACACUGAGUUUUUUCCAUGGUAGCGUGGCAAAGGCAGUGGAGCAGAGUUUCUUGGCAGCAGACACAUCCCGUCAGCCUUACCUCUGCAGCCUGUCUGAUUAUUAUGAGAACAUAUGUUCUGAUGAUGCCACUGUGGUGUCCCAUUUGCCCCGUCUACUGCAGGAGGCUAAACUGAACAAUCGCUUGGUCCAGUUCUUGAGAAAGGAUCAACGUGCCAAGUCUAUCCAAGCUCACAUACGUGCUCAGUAUUUGAAGGGUCUACGUUGCUCUAUGAUGUGCAGGGAAGGGUUUCCCAGGAAGCCAGCAAUGAUCUGUGCAUUUUGUUCUCUAAAGUCUGGUGCAUUUGGACAGUUUUUUCCCAACAGCCAGAGCUGUGCUGUGUGUGGUUCACAUGCUGCCUAUAUGGGUAAAGAGGCCUUUCAGUGUCCUCAACACUACAGCCAUGGAAGAAAUGAUUGUCUGGUUUGUAAAAAUAUCAUCCUGGGCCCACAGUCUCCAUCGCCAGCCUUGCUGUGUAACACAUGUGGCUUCUUACAAACUUGUAUUGCUCUCAAGACAUAA